AUGAGUGAGUUAUGCAAGAGCUGGACGCCUCUCGGUGAAUUGGACCGCAGUGCAGUGGUCGAGAAUCUCCAGUUGGUUCUAGCGCGGAUCGAGGAGGCCUGGGGGAGUACGAGGCAGACUGCUUUCUGGCGCAACCGGAAGCCCUCUCUGGUGGCCGUCUCAAAGACAAAACCUGCUGCUGUUGUGGAGUGUUGCUAUGGAGCGGGGCAGCUCAGGUUUGGUGAAAAUUACAUCCAGGAGCUUGCUGAUAAAGCAGACGCUUUAAAGCUCAGAUGUCCUGAUAUACAGUGGCAUUUCAUUGGCACAGUACAGUCAAACAAGUUUUGUGAAGUGGUCAAAGAAAAUGAGGAUGAUUUCGAACUUUCCAUGGGCAUGUCGCAUGAUUUUGAAACUGCAAUCGCGCAAGGCAGUACGUCGGUGCGCGUUGGCUCGGCUAUUUUUGGUCCUCGUUUGAAAAAAGUCUCCUAG